AUGUUCUACAAGGCCGCUUCCUUUGGCCGCGUCGAGCUUCGCGGCAUCCAGCCCAUCCCCGUCGAGGAGCGGACAGACACGCAGUUUGCGAAUGUCUUCACCAUCUGGUGGUGCAUGAACGCCAACCUGCUUCCCAUCACAUUUGGCAUGCUCGGCCCUAUCUACGGCCUCGGCCUGCGUGACUGCUCGCUGGUCAUCAUCUUCUUCACCCUCCUCACCACGUUCCUGCCAGCGUACCUCGGAACCAUGGGCCCCAAGACGGGAAUGCGCCAGAUGAUCCAAGCCCGCUUCAGCUUCGGCCGCUACCUUAUCGCCAUCCCCGUCCUCCUCAACCUGGCAACCCUCACCGGCUUCUGCGUCAUCAUGGCCGUUAUUGGCGGCCAGUGUCUGUCUGCCGUUGGCAAUGGGCACCUCAGCCCGACAGUCGGAAUCGUCAUCGUCUCUCUUCUGAGCCUGGGCAUUUCCUUCAGCGGCUUCAAGGUCCUCCACAUCUACGAGCGCUGGGCCUGGAUCCCUGCCAUCAUCGCCAUUCUCAUCGCAACCGGAACCGGCGGAAAGCAUCUCCACGAGCAGACUCCCCUCCCGCCGGCGACUGCGCCCAGCGUUCUCUCGUUUGGCAUGAUUGUGGCCAGCUACAUGAUCCCAUGGGCCUGUCUCGCGAGCGACUUCACCACGUAUCUCACGCCUACUGCACCAAGCAAGCGCCUGUUUGUCUAUGCCUACACCGGACUGGCAGUUCCAACUAUCCUGCUCAUGAUCCUGGGAGCUGCCAUUGGCGGAGCUGUCGCAAAUGUCCCAGCUUGGAGCGAAGGCUACGAUGCAAACCUCGUAGGCGGUGCUCUUGCGGGCAUGCUCGAGCCGGCCGGAGGAUUCGGAAAGUUUGUCGUCGUCAUCCUUUCCUUCAGUCUCCUCGGAAACCUGGCUGCGACGUCGUACUCCAUCACUCUCAACUUCCAGCUCCUCAUCCCUCAGCUGAUCAAGGUCCCCCGCUACGUCUUUGCCGUCCUCAUCACCAUCAUCGUCAUCCCCGUGUCAAUUCGUGCCGCCACCGACUUCUUUGCCAACCUCGAGAACUUCAUCGCCUUGAUCGGAUACUGGGCCUCUGCGUUCCUCGGAAUUGUCGUUGUCGAGCACCUCUGGUUCCGUAAGGGCGACUGUAGCCAAUACAGCAUGGAGGCCUGGAACGACGCGAAGCAGCUUCCCCUCGGCGUUGCCGCUCUGUCGGCCUGCAUCUUGAGCUUUGGCUUGGUGGUUCCUAGCAUGUCUCAAGUUUGGUUUACUGGGCCUAUUGCGGAGAAAACGGGCGAUAUUGGCUUCGAGCUGGCCUUUGUUGUGUCGGGGCUGUUGUAUGUGCCACUGAGGAUGCUAGAGAAGAAGAUGAGCGGACGAUGA